AUGAUUCCAGCGGCCAAUGCUGGAAAGCUGGCUCGAGAAUCAGACGACCUCGGGAAAGCCCGAGUCCCAGGGGAUGCAGCUCCCGGUGCUCCAGUGGCCGCCCAGCUGUCGAAGGAGAUUCCGGAGAUCUUAGUGGACCCACGCAGCCAGCGCCAGUAUGCGGGUCGCUUUCUGGGUAAAGGAGGUUUUGCCAAAUGCUUCGAGAUCUCAGAUGCAGACACAAAGGAGGUGUUUGCAGGCAAGAUUGUGCCUAAGUCGUUGCUUCUCAAGCCCCACCAGAAGAAGAUGUCUAUGGAGAUUUCAAUUCACUGCAGCCUCGCACACCAACACGUCGUAGGCUUCCAUGGCUUUUUCGAAGACAGCGACUUUGUGUUUGUGGUUUUGGAGCUCUUUCGCAGGAGGUCCCUCCUGGAGCUGCACAAGAGGAGGAAAGCGCUGACGGAACCCGAGGCACGCUACUAUCUGUGGCAGAUAGUCCUGGGCUGCCCGUACCUGCACCGCAAUCAGGUCAUUCACAGGGACCUCAAGCUGGACAACCUCUUCCUGAACAAGGAUCUGGAGGUGAAAAUAGGGGAUUUGGGGCUGGCAACCAAAGUGGAAUAUGAAGGGGAACGAAAGAAGACCUUAUGCGGCACUCCCAACUACAUAGCUCCUGAGGUGCUGAGCAAGAAGGGACAUAGUUUUGAGGUGGAUGUGUGGUCCAUCGGGUGCAUCAUGCAUACCUUGCUAAUGGGCAAGCCACCUUUUGAGACUUCAUGCCUAAAAGAGACCUACCUCCGGAUCAAGAAAAAUGAAUACAGUAUCCCCAAGCACAUCAAUCCUGUGGCCACGGCCCUCAUCCAGAAGAUGCUUCAGAGAGUCCCCACUGCUCGCCCCACCAUUCACGAGCUGCUUGAUGUCGAGUUCUUCACUUCUGGCUAUAUCCCCGCCCGUUUCCCCAUCACCUGCCUCACCAUCCCACCGAGGUUUUCCAUAGCUCCCAGCAGCCUGGACCCCAGCAGCAGGAAGCCUCUCACUGUCCCCAAUAAAGGUAUAGAGAACUCCUUGCCUGACCGUACCCGGGAAAAGGAAGAACCAGUGGUUCGUGAGGCAAGUGAGGCCAUCGAGUGCCACCUUAGUGACCUGCUGCAGCAGCUGAUCAGUGUCAAUGCCUCCAAGCCCUCAGAGCGAGGGCUGGUGUGGCAAGAGGAGGUCGAGGAUCCUGCGUGCAUCCCCAUCUUCUGGGUCAGCAAGUGGGUAGACUAUUUGAACAAGUAUGGACUUGGGUAUCAGCUGUGUGACAACAGUGUGGGGGUGCCCUUUAAUGACUCAACCCGCCUCAUCCUCUACAAUGACGGUGACAGCCUACAAUACAUAGAACGUGACGGCACGGAGUCCUACCUCACUGUGAGCUCUCACCCUAACUCCUUGAUGAAGAAGAUCACUCUCCUCAAGUAUUUCCGGAAUUACAUGAGUGAACACCUACUGAAGGCAGGGGCGAACAUCACACCCCGGGAAGGUGAUGAGCUGGCUCGGUUGCCCUAUCUGCGGACAUGGUUCUGCACGCGCAGCGCCAUCAUCCUGCACCUCAGCAACGGCACCGUACAGAUUAAUUUCUUCCAGGACCACACCAAGCUUAUCCUGUGCCCCCUGAUGGCAGCAGUGGCCUACAUCGAUGAGAAGAGGGACUUCUGCACAUACCGCCUGAGCCUCCUGGAGGAAUAUGGCUGCUGCAAGGAGGUGGCUAGCCAGCUGCACUAUGCCCGCACCAUGGUAGACAAGCUGCUGAGCUCAUGCUCUGCCUGCAACCGCCUCAAGGCCUCUUCAUAAGCCUCUGUCCCUCGGACUGGUUCCCCUUCACUCUGCAAGUUCUGUCUGGGCCUACACUGCUAGGCUCCUGGGGCUGCUGUUCAGUGCCCCUGGCCCUGGGGGCUGGGUGGGGAGCAGUGCCCCGUUGAAGGGGUUGCUGUGUAAGUUAUUUUUGUACAUGUUUAGGUAUGGGUUUACAACCUCUUCUCCUGCCCUCAGCCCUCUGUAUCAAUUGUAUAGAUAUUUUUAUUGAAUUUGGGACUGUCCUUUUCUUAGCUUUAUAUGCAUUAAAUA